UGGUCCCUGUGCACUGACACCCAGGAGCAGAGCUGGAGGAAGCAGCAGGAGCUGGGCACCGGCACUGGGAGACACAGGGGAGAGGCAACGGACCGAGGCUAAUGGUCCCCACUGCUGCUCCAGCCAUCUGCCUGCUGUGACCACAGGAGGUGGUGAUGGAGGGGUUUGGGGGAGCCCCCAGGUUCCUGGCCUAUCCACGUGCCUUCACUGUCCAAAGUGGCACUGAUGUGGUCCUGAGCUGCCAGAUCAGGGGUGAUCCCCAGCCAAGCAUCCACUGGGAAAAGGACAAGAACCCCAUUGAGCCCUCAGGCCGUUUCCAUAUAGAGACCAAGGGGGACCUGUACAGCCUGCUGGUGUCUGGUGCCAGCCCCCAGGACAGUGGGCUCUACAUCUGCAAGGCCAAGAACAGCGUUGGCGAGACUUAUGCUGCCACUGCACUCAGGGUGGAGGCGGCGGAGCCCCAAGAGGAGGAGGGAUGCUUGGGUAGUGAGGCACCUGCCUUCCUCAUUACCCCCUCAUCCAUGAGGGUGUGCCGGGGGGAGGAUGUGAUGUUCACCUGCAGGGUGUCUGGGCAGCCCUGCCCAGUGCUGGAGUGGGAGAAGGAUGGGCGCAAGCUCUCCGACCUCUUUGAGAGCAGUCACUUUGCAGUGGGGCAGAAGCCCGAGGACUGGCACUUCCUGAAGUUGUUUGGUGCCCGGCCCCCGGACGGGGGUGUGUAUGUCUGCCGGGCACGCAGUGGCUCCCGUGAGGCCCUGGCUGCUGCCGUGCUCCUGGUCGAACCCCAGGCACUGAUGGAUGGGCUUCCCAAUGGCUCUCCUGCUGAUGGUCCCGAACCACUAGAGGAGCGGCAGCGGCGGCGGCGGCACACAGCGGGACGGCGUAUGGGACCAGAGAUCUGGGUGCCCAAUGGCAUAGUGCCAGCCAGGGUGCCAGCAGCUAAGGCAUUUGCUGUGAGUGUGGGGAAGCACGCCAAGUUUCGCUGCUACGUUACUGGCAAGCCCAAGCCAGAGAUCAUCUGGCAGAAGGAUGGUGAGCCCCUCGCCCCUGGCCGCAGGCAUCUCAUCUAUGAGGACCGGGAGGGCUACUUCAUCCUCAAGGUGCUGUACUGCAAGCCUCAGGACCAGGGGCUGUACAUGUGCACUGCUUCCAACACUGCUGGCCAGACCCUCAGUGCAGUGCAGCUCCAGGUGAAAGAGCACCGGCUGCGGUUCCAGGUGCAACUGGCAGAUGUGGAGGUGGCAGAACGAGAGGAUGCUGUGUUGGAGUGCCAGGUGCCACUGGAGACCAUCCCCACUGCCUGGUACCUGGAGGACAGGGAGCUGCAGCCCAGCCACAAGUACGUGAUGGAAGAGCAAGGAGUGGUGCGGCGCCUGACCAUCCGCGAUGCCCGCACUGACGACGACGGCAUCUACCUCUGCCAGAUGAAGGACAAAGGGCGUAGCAUCGCCGAGGUUUCUGUCCGAGGGGUGAUUGUGAAACGGCUGCCGCGGAAGCUGGAUGUGAUGGAGGGGGAGAAUGCAGUUUUCUGUGUGGAGACACAAGAUGAGGCAGAGGGGACCUGCUGGAGCCGGGAUGGGCUACAGCUGCGGGAGUCACCCCGCACUGUGCUGAAGAGCUUCGGCAGGACACACCUCCUGGUGCUGGUGCAUGUCACCCGCCAGGAUGCGGGCAUCAUCUCCUUCACUGUCAGGGAGUCACAGACAUCCUCCCAGCUCCGGGUCAAGUGUGUGAAGCACAAUCCUCCGAGUGCACCGGUGGCAGCUGAGAUGAGCGUGGUGGAGAGCAACACGGCUCUGCUGACCUGGUGUCCUGCACCCGAUGCCCACCUCCACCCUGCCAGCCGCUACCUGCUGGAGCGGCGGGAGGCAGUGGGGGGUGAGUGGGUGCAGUGCCUGGCCACUGACCUGCCCGGCUGUGUGCGGGUGCUGGGUGACAGCGUACCCCGCGAGGCCGACUACUGCUUCCGUAUCUGCGCCACUAACAAGCACGGCAGGAGCAGCCCCGUGGAAUUCCCCGGCUCCGUGCAUCUCGUCCCAGCAGCUCGCCUGGAGAGGGGUCUGCAGGAUGUGCGGGUGCGGGACGGCGAGGAUGCGCAGUUCUCCCUGGAGCUGUCAGCUGCAGUGCACGGCUCCUGGUUCCUCAACGGUGCCAAGCUGGGCGAGGAGGAUGCAGGAGGUCGGUGCAGGAUGCAACACCGCGGGACAGAGCACUCACUGCUUAUCCGGGGAGCACGGCUGGUUGACAGUGGGGCCCAGAUCACCUUUGUGUCUGGUGGAGUGCGGAACUCAGCCAUGCUGCAUGUGCAAGCCCCGCAGGUCCGUAUUGCUCCAGUGCCCGAGGCCGAGCGGCUCCGGGAGGUGCCGACAGGGCUGCCUGUGCUGCUGGAAUGUCAGGUGUCUGCCCCGGAUGCUCCUGUCCGCUGGCUGAAGGACGGUGAGGCCGUGCCUCCAGAUGAUGUUAUCGUAGUGCAGGCAGAGGGCUGCGUGCGGAGGCUGCUCCUCCGCUCGGCGAGUCCCUCGGACACUGGUGUGUACACCUGUGAUGCUGGGGAUGAUGCUGUGAGCUUUGUGGUGACCGUGACCGAUGUGCCAGUGAGGAUCAUCAGCUCCAAUGAGGAGGCCACCCACACCUACGUGGCCGGGCAGCGUGUGGAGUUGUGGUGCCAGCUGUCCCGCCUGGUAGCCCCGGUGCACUGGUACAAGGAUGGAGAGGAGGUGGAGAUGGAUGAGAGCCUGGUACUGGAGCAGGAGGGGCCACGGUGCCAACUGGUGCUACCCUGUGCCCGGCCACAGGACACAGGGGAGUUCGUCUGUGAUGCCGGUGGGGACUCUGCCUUCUACACCAUCACUGUGGAAGAGGCGCCGGUGAGGAUUGUCAGUUCCAAUGAGGGGGCCUCCCAUGCCUACGUGACUGGGCAGCGUGUGGAGCUGUGGUGCCAGCUGUCCCAUCAGGUGGCCCCAGUGCACUGGUACAAGGAUGGGGAGGAGGUGGAGGCAGGUGAGAGCCUGGUGCUGGAGCAGGAGGGGCUGCAGUGCCGGCUGGUGCUGCCCUGCGCCCAGCCACAGGAUGCAGGGGAGUUCGUCUGUGAUGCUGGCGGGGACUCUGUCUUCUACACUGUCACUGUGGCAGCCCCACAGGUCCACAUCACCCCAGUGACUGAGGCACAGCAGCUCCAGGAGGUGCUGGCAGGGCUGCCCUUGGUGCUGGAGUGCGAAGUGUCCCCCCCAGAUGCCCAUGUCCACUGGAUGAAGGAUGGCAAGGCCGUGGUCCCAACCCAGGUCCUGGCCAUCUGCUCAGAGGGAUGCUCACAGAGACUGCACAUUGCCACAGCCACACCAUCUGACUCGGGGGUGUACGUCUGCCAUGCUGGGGACGAUGCUGCCAGCUUCAGGGUGACUGUGAGCGAGGUACCAGUGAGGAUUGUCAGUUCCAACAAGGAGGCCUCUCAUUCCUAUGUGGCUGGGCAGCGUGUCGAGCUGUGGUGCCAGCUGUCCCGUCCGGUGGCCCAAGUGCGCUGGUACAAGGACGGGGAGGAAGUGGAGAUGGAUGAGAGCCUGAUGCUGGAGCAGGAGGGGCCACAGUACCGGCUGGUGCUGCCCUGUGCCCGGCCACAGGACACAGGGGAGUUUAGCUGCGACGCUGGAGAUGCAUCUGUCUCCUACUCCAUCUUGGUGGCAGAGCCACCAGUGAGGAUCCUGCACCCUCCACAGCGCUCACUGGAGCUGCUGGUUCAGGCACCGGGGUGUGUGGAGCUGCGGUGCGAGCUCUCUGUGCCAGAUGCUCCUGUACGGUGGUUCAAGGAUGGGCUGGAGGUGGAUGAGACUGACAACCUUCUGCUGCUGGUGGAGGGGGCCUGGCGCUGUCUCUUCAUCCCCAAGAGCAGCAUGGAGGACACAGGCGAGUACAUCUGCGAGAGCAAGGAUGAGGCCAUCUCCUUCGACGUCAAGGUGUCAGAGCCUCCAGUAAGGAUACUGCAGCCCUGCAGACCUGUCCCUGUCAUGACGGUGUCCCGGGGGGAGACAGUGACACUGUGCUGUGAGCUGUCCCGUGUGGAUGCACCUGUGUGCUGGGCCAAGGAGGAUGUCAGGCUGGAGGCUGGGGGCAGCCUGGUCCUGGAAGAGGAGGGUGCCUAUCGCCGGCUGCUCAUCCCUGCUGCUCAAGCCGAGCAUGCUGGAAAAUACACCUGUGACACUGCCAAUGACACAGUGACCUUCACUGUCCAAGUGUUAGAUCCGCUGGUCAUGAUCCUGGAGAGGGAUACCCUGCUGACCCACCGGCAUUGCCGGGCCAUGGAGGACCUGGUGCUGGAGGUGCACCUCUCACACGCCCACGGGGAGGUGAAGUGGUACAAGGAUGGGGAGAAGCUGCAGGACACGGGGCGUGUGCGGCUCGAGGAGGACGGGGCACGCCGAUCCCUUGUGAUCCUGGGCACCAUGGGCAGGGAUGCGGGCGAGUACCUCUGUGACACCGGCGAUGACAGUAUCGUCUUCUUCAUCACUGUAGAAGUCCCAGAGCCACCAGUAACCAUCGUGGGCAGCAGAGGCACUGUGGUACAUCGCUGCCUGGUGGCCGGGGAGGAUCUGGUGAUGGCUUGUGAGCUGUCCCGGCCCGACGCCAUCGUGCGCUGGCUCCGGAAUGGCCAUGAGGUGCAUCCAGGUGAACGGGUGCAGGUUGAGGCCCGUGGGGUGCUGCGACAGCUCACCAUCCAUGGGGCACAGCCCAGCGACUCGGGGUGCUACAUCUGUGACGCUGCCAGCGACCGCAUGGUGACAAAUGUGGAGGUGUCGGCUCGGCCCGUAUGCAUUGUCAACAAGGAGGAAGCGCAGAGCCCGCUGGAGGUACAGGAGGGGGACAGUGUGACACUGGUGGCUCGGCUGUCCCCGGAGACAGCGGUGGUGCAGUGGCAGAAGGAUGGACAGAGGCUGUGCUCAGGUGGGCGGCUGCUGGUGUGCAGUGAGGGUCCCACACGCAGCCUCACCAUCAAGCAAGUGGAGCUGGGUGAUGGUGGCAUCUUUCUCUGCGAUGCUGGUGAUGAUGAGGUGCAUUUCACACUGCAUGUGAAAGAGGCGCCCAUGUUGUUCGUGAACAAACGGGAGGAGCAGGAGAAGCUGCUGGUGCUGGAGGGUGGCAGUGCUGUGCUUUCUGCCAUCACCUCCACAGAGCGAUCUGAUGUCACCUGGCUGGGCCCUCAGCAAGCAGCGGUGAGUGGUGAACGCUGUGAGCUGCGUCGGGAGGGCCGCGUGCACAGCCUCAUCCUCCACAGUGUGGCCAUGGAGGACGCCGGCAUCUACACCUGCCUCUCACCCCACGACCAGAUGCAGUUCGACGUGAGCGUCAGAGAGCUGCAGGUGAAGUUCCUGCGUGGGCUGUCAGAUGUGCGAGCACGGCAGGGUGAGCGGGUGGUUCUGUGGUGCGAGCUUUGCAAGCCGCGGGGCGAUGUGGUGUGGCGGAAGGAUGGGCGGGUGCUGGCGCCUGGCCCCCACCGGCAGAUGAUGGCAGAGGGACGGGAACGCUCGCUGGUGCUGAGCCACGUGGAGCCUGGGGAUGCUGGCGAGUACUGCUGCGAGUCCAACGACGACCAGACGCUGGCAACGCUGACAGUGCAGGUCCCCAGGGUGGUGGAGAUCAUCAUGGAGCUGCAGAGCCUGACAGUGCUGGAGGGGGAGGAUGUCACCUUCAAGUGCCUGGUGUCCCCUGAGGAUGUGGCUGUGACAUGGCAGCUGAACGGCCAGCCUGUGGUCCCCAGCGAGCGGCUGCUGGUGACAAGGAGUGGGCUGUGCCACGGCCUCACCCUCCGGCAGUGCCAGCCAGGGGAUGCAGGCACUGUGACAGCCAACGCCGAGGGGCUGGUGACCAUGGCCCGGCUGAGUGUGCAAGAGGCACAGGUGCUGUUUGUGAGGAAGCUGCAGGACAUGGUGGCAGAGGAGCAGGGGGACGUGUGCCUGGAGGUGGAGGUGAGCCACGAGGCCGCUGAGGUGCAGUGGCUGAAGCAGGGUGUCCUCCUCCAGCCAAGCAGCAAGUACGUGCUGCAGGAGUCGGGGUGCCUGCGCACCCUCACCAUCCGCUGCCUUGGCCCUGCUGACCGUGGCACCUACCGCUGUGAGAGCCUGCAUGACCGCACACAGGCCAAGCUCUGUGUGGAGCCCCAGAAGGUGUCGAUCCGGACACCACUGGCAGAUGUGGAGACUUUUGAGAAGGAGACAGCCACCUUCCACCUGGAGUUGUCUCACCCUCACGUGCCUGGAGUCUGGACACGAGAUGGCAUCCGGGUGAAGCCCAGUGGCACAUGCCGGAUCAGUGCCAUGGGCUGUGGACACAGCCUGACACUGGAGAGGCUGGCACUGGAAGACUCGGGCACCAUCACCUUCACUGCUGACACCGUGCGCUGCAGUGCCCGCCUGCGUGUACGGGAGCCUCCAGUCACUAUGGUGAGGGUCCUGCGAGACCUAGGGGUCCCAGAGACAGGGGUCGCCAGCUUUGAGUGUGAGUUGUCUCGCUCCAAUGCAGAGGUGAAAUGGUUCAAGGAUGGACAGGAGCUGCGGCCAGGGCCCCACUGCCGCAUCUACUCAGCGGGCCGGCGCCGCAUCCUGCAGCUGAGCCACUGUGACUUGGCCGACGCAGGCAGCUACACCUGCGAUGCAGGCGACUGCCAGGCCUCCGCCGUGCUGCAUGUCCAGGAGCGCCAGGUCCACAUUGUGCAGGAGCUGCAGGAGGUCCAGGUGCGGGAAGGUGACAAUGCUGUCUUCACCUGUGAGGUGUCACAUGAGGAUGUGAAGGGCGAGUGGUUCCGGGACGGGGAGAAAAUCAAGGUCUCCAGCAUAGUGAAGACACGGCAAGAAGGGACCCGCCAUUUCCUGUUGUUCUGCGGUGUGCGCCCUGAGGACCAGGGACUCAUCCGUUUUGCAGCCGGGACAGCCAUCUCUGAGGCCAGUCUGCAUGUGGAAGCGCUGCCCAUCCGGAUUGUGAAGCCGCUGCGGGACAAGACGGUGCUGGCGAGGCACAAGGCGACACUGGAGUGCACUGUGUCCCACGCCCGGGGCCGGGUGCGCUGGCUCCGUGGGGACACCGAGAUCUUUGCUGGUGACAAGUAUGAGAUCUGCAAUCUGGACUGCUACCGCACACUCAUCAUCCACCGCGUGGGGCCAGAGGAUGAGGACUCAUACACCUGUGAUGCCUUUGAUGACCGCUCCACUGCCCGGCUCCUGGUAGAGGGGAGCUAGAAGCCAGGAUGCGGCACUCAGGACCUGCACACAGACAGACUGAUGCUGCUGCUGGGAGAUGGGGUCACGCUUCUCCCACCACGUACAGACACACGAACUCCAUCCCGUGCCUGCUGCAGCCUCAGGGCUCUGCAUUAAACACCCUUUUUUUCUGA